ACACUAAAUGACUGAACAUCAAAAUGCAGGUGGCAGAGUUAGAUGGUAAUCCAGAAGUUACUGUUAAUCAUGCCUUAUUAUUCUCCCUUUUGAUUGAGAAUCAUAAGUUCCGUGAUAGUAAUCUUCAUGUGAAAAGCACAUAUUUGUAAAUUGUAUUUUUUUUUCCAGACGUAUAGGAGAAAAUUUGAAUGUCUCAGCAAGUUCUGUGGAAAAUGAGCCUGUAGUUAACUCAGCAACUCAAGCAAAGGAAAAAGUUGGGAUGAUUCUCCUUCCAAAACCAAGAGUUCCUUAUCCUCGUUUCUCUCGGUUCUCACAGAGAGAACAGAGAACUUAUGUGGAUUUGUUGGUUAAAUAUGCAAAAAGCCCCUCAAAUUCCAAGACUGUUGGGACAAAUACAAAUGAAUUCCUGCAGUAUCUGGUAAAGUCAUAUUUACAGAAACAGGAGAGUAAGGAUAUGAAAAAACAUGUGAAUGAAGAAGUUAAUGAAUUCCUAAAGUUUUUGCAGAAUUCUGCAAAGAGAUGUGCACAGGAUUAUAAUAUGCUCUCUGAUGAGGCCCGUCUCUUCACAGAGCAAAUCCUAAGAGCUUGCAUUGAACAAGUGAAAACAUAUCCAGAAUUUUAUUCUCUCCAUGAAGUCACCAGCCUGAUGGGAUUCUUCCCCUUCAAAACAGAGAUGGGGCUGAAGUUGGAGAAGACGCUUCUUGUUUUGGGCAGUGCAAAGUUUGUGAAAACAGCAUUUCCCUCGAUGCCUGUGAAGUUGCAGCUCUCAAAAGAUGACAUGUCCUCCAUUGAGGCCACACAGCAGAAAGCUGAGGCUAUGCACUGGGAUAUUAGUAAAGACCCGAAUGCAGAGAAGCUUGUUUCAAGAUACCAUCCGCAGAUAGCUCUGACUAGCCAAGCAUUAUUCACCUUGCUCAAUAACCAUGGACCAAGCUACAAGGAGCAGUGGGAAAUCCCUGUGUGCGUUCAGAUGAUAUCUGUGGAAGGUUCCAAACCAGUUAAAGUAAUUUAUAUUAAUUCACCACUUCCCCGAAAGCAAAUGACAAUGCGAGAAAGAAAUCAAAUCUUCCAUGAAGUUCCAUUAAAGCAUGUAGUAUCAAAAACCACAUCUGUCCCAGUCUCUGCAGUCUUUAUGGACAAACCUGAAGAGUACACCUCUGAGAUGGACAUACCCACUGAAGCUAGUGAUUGCCGAAAAAUUGAGACUCUGGAAGAUUUAGAUCUAGAUUUUGAUGGUGAUGUCACAGAACUUGAAACCUUUGGAGUAACUACCACUAGUCCAUCCAGAUCACCAAGUUCAGAAAGUGACUCCUCCACACCCAUCAUGACAGAUACCCACACAGCCCCCAAAGUAGCAGCUGUGCCUAUAGCACCAGCUACACCUGAGGCACCAGCUACACCAAACGUUACUGAUGAUUCUAGAAGUUUGUGUCAGAUUCUGAUGAAACAAUUACAGAAAGAGAAACAGCUAUUCUCUGGUAUGCAAAGUGGUCCUGAAGAGUCCAAAAGUAAGGAUGACCAAGGACUUGAAUCUUGUGGUGGAGAGGUUCCCAGUGCCAAUGCAAAGCCUUUAACAGAAGAUGAUGAAGCCCACAGAACAUCUGACGGAAUCUCUACAGAAAGUGAUGGGGGUGUGCUGCGUCCCAGUGAUGAAGGACAGAGUGUUCAGGAGAACGCAGACGGUGCCGACAAAGUAGCUGCUGCAUUAGAAACAGCUGAAACUGAGAAAGAGAUUCCUUGUGGUAGUGAUAUAGAUGAGGACUGUUUAAUCAUUGAUACAGAGAGUAAAAGUAAUAGUGAUGGAAAGACAACUGAUUUGGGUUCUAGACCAGCAAGUCCAAACUCUUCAGCACAGAUUUCUAUGGGAAACCAGACCACUACUACUGUUUCUGAAGAGUCUUGUGUUUUAAAGAAACCUAUCAAAAGAGUCUAUAAAAAAUUUGAUCCAGUUGGAGAAAUUCUAAAAAUGCAGGAUGAGCUUUUAAAGCCAGUUUCCAGGAAAGUACCUGAAUUGCCCUUGAUUAAUUCAGAAGAAUGUAAACAGCCAUCUGCUUCUGAGCAGACCUCUGCUGCUUCAGAUGCCUCUAGCUGGCCGAAAUCUAGCUGGCCUUCUGCAUUUCAGAAGCCUAAAGGACGAUUGCCAUAUGAACUUCAAGACUAUGUAGAAGAUACGUCAGAAUAUAUAGCUCCUCAAGAAGGAAAUUCUGUCUACAAGUUGUUCAGCCUACAAAACCUGUUGUUACUUGUGCGGUGCAGCGUCCAGAGGAUAGAGACAAGACCUCGCUCCAAAAAACGGAAGAAUAUCAGAAGACAAUUUCCAGUUUACGUGCUACCAAAAGUAGAGUAUCAAGGUUGUUAUGGAGUUGAAGCUCUGACUGAAAGCGAGCUCUGUCGCUUCUGGACUGAAAGUUUAUUGCAUUCCAACUGCUCGUUUUAUGUUGGGCAUAUUGACGCAUUUACGUCAAAGCUUUUCAUGCUGGAAGAAAUCACCUCAGAAGAACUGAAAGAAAAACUUGCAGCACUUAAGACUUCAAGUUUAUUUAACAUCCUCCAACACAUUCUAAAGAAAUUAUGUAGCUUGCAGGACGGGUCCUACCUGCUGUCUCACGCAGCAGAAGAUUCUUCACUCCUCAUCUACAAGACCUCAGACGGGAAAGUCACCAGGACAGCGUAUAAUCUACAUAAAGCACACUGUGACCUUCCUGGCGUCCCUUCCAGUCUCUCGGUUCCUUGGGUCCCAUUGGAUCCCAGUUACCUGUUGCCAUAUCAUAUCCAUCAUGGACGAAUACCUUGUACUUUUCCGCCUAAAUCACAACCAAAGGUUGCUGGGAUAAGAGUGCCUGCCCGAAGCCGCAGGAAUCCAGUUUCCAUGGAAACCAAAAGCAGUUGCCUGCCUGUUCAGCAAGUUGAAAAUGAAGGAGUGGCUCGGAAUAAAAGGAAAAUAACGUAAGAACUGGACCAUGGAAAAUGAAGUUUCAGAAAAACCAGUUAUAACAGUGUGUAUUGUGGAACUUUGAGGGGAAACGUGCCCA